AGACGUUCAACUUUUUCAGGCUUCACUCGCUUCGUCCUCUCGCUCUCGCUGCCGUCGCCUCUCCCUCCCUCUCUCUCUCUCUCCGUCCUCUCGCUGCGGGGGGAAACAUGUUCAUUAGCUCGGCACGGAAUAUUUCGCAACUUGUAGUCUACUGACGCACCACGGGCAGCCCUUUAGCACAGGUAAACUCCCCGCAGGUACACUCACCUGACUCACUGCUCCUCAAGACUCGCUUUCUAAAAUGGCCCCGGAGAACCUCAGCUGUCAUUAUAAUAAGUCCAUGGGUUUCUUCUACAGCAACAUUGAUGCUGAUGAUAAAUGGGACAACACCCAGCUCAUCCUGGUGCAGGUGGUCGGCUCUUUCUUCUGCUGUUUCAUCCUGGUCUCCAAUGCCAUGGUCAUAGCUGCUGUCAUCACCAACAAGAGGUUUCAUUACCCUUUCUACUAUCUUCUUGCCAAUCUCGCCGCCUCAGACUUCCUGGCCGGCAUAGCGUACGUGUACCUCAUGUUUAACACGGGUGAGGUGUCACGGAAACUUUCAGUUAGAGGAUACUUCAUCCGUCAGGGUCUUCUAGACAUCAGUCUCUCAGCCUCGCUGGCUAACCUGCUGGUAAUAGCUCUGGAGCGCUACAUCUCCGUCAUGAACUGGAAAGUCCACAGCAACCUGACAAAGAGGAGGGUGACCCUGCUGAUCGUGCUGGUGUGGGCCAUUUCCAUAUUCAUGGGGGCUGUGCCGAGUCUGGGCUGGAACUGCAUCUGCAACCUGAGUGACUGCUCCCAGCUGGCUCCAAUCUUCAGCAGGAGCUACCUGAUCUUCUGGUCUGCAUCCAACCUGGUGGUGUUCCUGGUGAUGGUGGCCAUCUACAUGAGGAUCUACGCCUACGUCAAGAAGAAGACGUCAAUGCUCAUGCCACACACCAGCGGCUCCAUCAACCGCAAGAGGACACCCAUCAAGCUCAUCAAGACGGUCAUGGUUGUGCUCGGGGCCUUUGUGAUUUGCUGGACUCCCGGCCUGGUGGUUCUGUUGCUGGAUGGCCUCAAGUGUAAGAGUUGUAAUGUCAUGAAAUUAAAACGUUGGCUGCUGCUCCUGGCUGUACUCAACUCCGUCAUGAACCCUUGCAUCUACUCCUACAAGGACGAGGAAAUGUGGACAACCUUCAAGAACCUCCUGCGCUGCAUCGGUAAUGGCACGCGACGGCAGCGGUCGACGAAGGCCAACGCCAGGCCGCUCAGCUCUGCUCAGGACACAGGUACCAGUCAGCCUCCCUCAGAGGAGACAAAAAAUGACGAUAAGGACAUACUCAAGACCUGAAAAUGGAACUUGAUGAGAAUGAAACUGAACUUCUGUGCAGCUCUGACUGGACAUAACCUGACUCGGAGUUGACCUGAAAGAGAAACUACACCAUUGCUUGUAGUUGGUCUCAGGGGGUCGUUGUGGUCCUCAGAUUAAAAGUACUUUAUUGAAGAGACACUGCAGGCUAGCUGUAGAGCUGGAGUUGCAGUGAGAUGGAGAUAAGAAGAGACUUUGUUGCACUACUAAUUCCCCAAAUGGAUUCAAAGAUGUGCUUUUUCAUCUUUUUCAGGAUUUGACAGUUUUUGGCCACAUAACUCCCACUCGAGUGUAAUGGGAGAUUCCUGUUGUUUCAUCCUGUUCUUUUUGUCUUGCUCAUCCCAUUCCUGUGGGUCUAUUAAACUUGGAUAACACGAUUUUCCAAUGGCUGAAGAAAGAAUCCAGUAUAAAGUACACAGCGGUACAUUUCUACUUUUACCUCCAAAAAGGUUAAAAUCAUGCAAAGGGUGACUUUACUUUCCCCUAAUAUAAAUGUUUGUACAUUGAAUUAUCCUGUAGGUUUAUUUCCUGUGUAGCUUUAGAGGAAUUAAUACUGUAAUGUAUGAUCUAGUUAAGAAAUGUAAUUUGUGUAGAGUUGGGUAGGAUAGAGAUUGUGUUCUAUUUUUAAACUAAAUGCUAUAAACUGCUGUACUAUAUUUAUCUACUUGUACAUCCUGUUAGAUGCUUUCAAGAAGAGGUGAAGUGAUUGCAAUGGAAACUUCAACCACUGUUUACACGUUGUUUUCUGUUGUAGAUUUAGUUCUUGGGAAUAGAUGAGAGUCGCUCCUUUCUUGUCCCGUCAUUUAUCUUUUAUCAGUUCACCCAAACAAACGGAUAAUGCCCCACCUGCAGCACUUCAUGGAGACAAACUUGUUCUCCCUGUAGCGUUUUAACACAUCCGUUUGAACUCAUUGCAUAGCUGCAGUCGCUAUGACGAAACAGCUAUUCACCUGCCAGUGCAGGGGUUGUAAAAGGAUUGCGACACACUGGAGUCCUGCUGCAGUAUCAGCAUUACACUGCGUACCUGCAGGAACCAAAGAGGAUAUGGCUGAAUAGACUAGCCAUACCAUAGACUGCCGCACCUACCCUCGCUACCGCCAGGCUGCUCUGAUGACACCAUUGCUAAAUCAUUGACAGGGUUAAAUGACUCUUCUUCAACCUGCUGUACAGUAUUUAUACCACUCCUGCUGUAAAGCACAUGACAUCAUUGAAGCUGUUUUGUUUUUAUCCUGGGAGUGUAGGAAUGCCACAUGUGAGAGUGGUGAGAAAGGUUUACAGCUCCAGGGAUGGUAUUUCUUUAUUGGACUGAGAUUAUUCAUGGUCAUAGUCUGGUGUGGCAUGCCUUUUAAAAUCAUAAAUCAAAUUAACUUAAUAUGAUUACCAAAAUAAUAUUUUUAUAAAAAAAAAUAAUAAUGUAAAAAAAUAAAGUAAUAACAAUAAUAAACAGAAUGUAACUCAAUAUUACAAAUUUAUGAAAUUGUCACUCCAUAUUUAGCCAUCCUAGCGGCGAAGCUCGUGGCAGUGUCAUCAAUUGGUGAAAUAUCUCAAUAAGUACUGAUUGGAUUGCCAUGAAAUUUUGUACACAGACAUUCAUGAUCCACAUACUAAUCAUUGUGAUGUUUAAUGUUCCCUUUACUUUUUAUCUAGCGCUACUAGGAGGUCACUUAUCCGAUGAAGUAUGUCAACAUGUACCACAUUUUGCAGACAUUCAUGGUCCCGAGAACCCUAAACACUUUAGUGAUCGACUGACUUUUUCACUAGCGACACCAUUUGUAGUUUUAAGUGAAAUGUCUUGAACAAUUGGAUGGAUUACCAUAAAAUUUGGUUCAGACAUUCAUGUCCCCUCAAUAACUGCCCUUAAAAUUGGAUUUUUUCCAAUACUUUAGUUUUUGACCAACUGGGUCUACUUGAAAAUGUAUAUUUCCAUCAGCCUCCGAUGUACUUUCAGUGUCGUAAUUUGCAAAUCAUAGCUACAUGCUAAACUAAGAUGGUCAACAUGGUAAACAUUAUACCUGCUAAACAUCAGCAUGCUUACAUUGUCAUUGUGAGCUAAUGAUGAUUGACAGCAUUUAAUUUGGCCUCAUGAGUGGCUGUUGCCUUUUUAGAUGUUGCACACACCUCCCACUUGGCACCAACAUUAACCAAAUCAAACUAUAAGAUUACUUGUAAAUCCUGUUUGACUGAGUCAGAUUGUCUCUUGGUUUUGAAUUAUAAUAACUGUCACUAACUGAUAAUACAUGCUUGUAAUGUUAAGACUAAAAACCUCUGAUGACACUGCUGUGCAUAUGUUCGCACACUUAAAACAAAACACUGAAAAGCUUACCUUAAAGUCCUAUUACAUGUCUUAUACUGCAGUCAAUAGUUGAUGAAGUACCAUUGCUUUGGAUUUCUGGUGCUUCAGAGCUGCCACUUUAGGAUGAUGUAUUCUGUUCAGGCCAAUUAGUGUGUGACCUUUAGUUUCCAUUCAGUCAGUUGUGUUAUUGACUAAAGAGCUAGAGAAAAACUGAAUAGACUCUCAAGAUCCACUGAAUUAGACUGCAGAACACUUCAAAUGUAGUACAGCUUUCUGUUAUUAGCUGGCUUAGAUGACAGUAUUUGAAUUGUGCUGUAAAUGUUACCUAUCUGAACAUAUUCAUCAACACCUGGAAAAUGUUGAUGAUAAAGGAAGGGUGAAAUACAUUUAAACCUUAAAACAUAUACAUAUAAACUGCACAAUGUGUGCAUCUACAUGUAAAUCAGAGUCAUUUGUUUGUGUGUUCGGUUUGAUACUACAAACUGUAUACGUAGCUCCUCUGUUCUCACCAGAAAAGCCUUUGAAUCCUGUAAAAGUUUCAAAUCUCAAAUCGCCCUUCUAAUUUUCUGAAGUCGCAUGCUUGAAAUGCAAGCCCUUUGUUCAUAACCUGUCACUCUUUGUAACCACUAACCCACAGCUGUUUUUUAUUUUGCUCUCACUCACUAGGUAACCUGCUUUUACAAUAUUCCUGAUCUCAUGUUCCUUUUAUGUAAUACAAUCACACUCAGGAUUUAAUCCCCUAGACACAACAUCCUUUGACAGCAGAAAAAAGGAUCAACACUGUACAUUUUGCUAAUAGAAAACUUCUCAGGGUUUAAAUGACAUUCAGUUAAUGUUUCAGGUUGAGGUUUGACUUGAUUGAAGUCAUGUGGUCUCCAUUAAGAACAUGCUGUAUUGUAGUGACAACUGUAUGCCCUCUGUAGAGUCCUCUCUAGACCUGUCGUGACUGCUGCCCACCAAUCUGGUUUUGCAUUCUCAAAAACAUGAACUGUAAACUGUGUGGUGUGGCAGGCCUUUUUUUUCUACAGCUGUGCUGUAAUUAUGCAUUCUUGAAAACCCAAUUAAAUUUCACAGAUGUUCAGAAA